AUGGUAAUGAAGAAGGGAGGGAAUAGAGGAGGAGCGACGUCGGAAGAAGCAGAGGAGGAUCUGGCUCGUGUACCCUUACAGGCCAUCCUUUUGGCCGAUAGCUUUGCCACUAAGUUCCGACCCAUCACUCUUGAAUGCCCCAAAGUACUCUUACCAUUAGUCAAUGUCCCUAUGAUUGAUUACACCUUAGCAUGGCUUGAGUCUGCUGGGGUUGAAGAAGUAUUUGUUUUUUGCUGUGCUCAUUCCAAGCAAGUGAUCGAUUAUUUGGAUACUUCCAAGUGGGUUGGCCAACCAAACUUUUCAGUCACGACCAUAGAAUCACACAAUUCUGUUAGUGCUGGGGAUGCUUUGCGUUUGAUAUAUGAGAAACAUGAUUGUUAUAUUGACAUCUGCACUCCAGAAGUCCUCAGUCUUUUCACCGACAAUUUUGACUAUCAACAUCUACGCCGCCAUUUUGUCAAGGGAUUGCUUGUUGAUGAUGUACGUGGAUCGUUAUCUAUCUCUUAA